AGAGAGAGAGAGUCGCAUAGUGCAUCGAAGAGAGAGAGAGAGAACGAAAAAAACGAUACGCGAAGAAGCUUUUCCGCGAGGGAAACAGAAAUUGAAAGGAAUUUCCAUGGAGGAAUAGCUGAAUUAGGAAUCUCGCGAGGUGAAUUAAUGGAUUCCAUUUUCAUGGGAGUGUCUUGUUUCCGUGCGGAAUUGGUUUUGUCUUCGUGAUUUUGAAGCUUUUGAAGGGGGUUGGUUUUUGUUGGCGGAAACCCUAGGAGAGAGAAAAAUCACAAAUUAUAUCGUAAAUUUGUCUCUGUUUUGUGCCGUGGCCUUGCAUUCUCCUCGUUCCACGUCCAAUUCAGUAUCUUUGCAGGUCAACUGAAAUACUUCUGAACUUGUCAUCAAUUUCUGUCAGAAUUUGAAUUGAUGGGACAGUGAAGCUCGUUUGUGCUAAGGUGGUGAUGCAUGGAAGCAUUUCAGGAUCUGUCCUAGUAAAUGCUGAGGUUGAUUCCAUGGGAGGAGUUAUUGACAGCGGAGGUGGUAUUGGGGUCAAAACAUCACCACGUCUAGCAGCAAUCGAGAAGGCUCAGGCAGAUCUAAGGCAAGAGUAUGACGUUCGUGAAGAAAGAAGAAGAGAGUUGGAGUUUCUUGAGAAGGGUGGCAACCCCUUGGAUUUCAAAUUUGGCAAUACAACUUCACAAAGCGUCCAGUCCACGUCAUUGACCGAUCAUCAGGCAGAUCAUUUAGUAAGCAGUGAAGUCAAAGAUAGUUUUGCCUUGACUGCCUCACCACAUGGGGACUCUGUGGAGAGUAGUGGUAGACCUGGAGUUCCUACAGUUUCAGAACCCAAUUCAGCUGAUAAUCUUUUACUAUUUGAUGGGGAAAAUGAACCACUUGAAAGAGAAAGAAAUUCAAGAACUUCUAAUAAGAGAAACAGAACCGAAUCAGAGAGGUCCUCCCAAGCAAACGCUAACCAGAAUUCCAAGGAAAGGGAAGAUUCUGCCAUUUUUCGUCCUUAUGCUCGUAGGAACAGAUCAAAGAUAAACCGGGAGUCAACACGAUCAAAUUCAACAGAUUUAGCUCAGAAUCGUGGUGGUCUUGCGACCUCUCUAUCUGUUCGCAGAGGGUCAGUGGAUGGAAAGGUUGUAACACCUGAAACAGCUAACCAGAAGGAGAGGCAUAUGCCUUCUAUGUCUUGUCCAAGCUCUGAAACUUCAAAUGGUAACAUCAAUUCGAAAAAUGUAGUUUCCAGCAAUCCAUUAAACUAUGAGGUGGACAAUGUACCGGUUGUGCAAGAGACGAGUGCUGGCACAAAAAGUAGCCCGCUGACAGAUGAAGCAGAUAUUACAUUAAGGGAAAAUUCUGCAGUUGUGGCUUCUGGAAUGGCUGAUCUUGCUGGAGAGAAGGUUCAGGCAAUUCCUGCCAGUACAGAAGUCCAGUCUCACGAAGCUGAAACAGUAACUGGGCAAGUAACUAACUCGACCCAAUUGAAUGGUCUUGCAAGUUUUAAAAGAGAGAAAAAAAACUUAAGAAAUAACGCAGCUUCAUGGACAGAAGGGUUACAUUCGGAGUCUUCUCUUGCUAACAAUGUAGAUGUAGAUGUAGAUAAUGAGAAGGAUCUCCAUGAAGUGGGCAAAGCUGACUCCAACGGAAUCGCUAUGCAGAAGACUUUAAGAGCGGAGGGGUUGCUGAAUGAAACUGCUGGUGAAACGGUGAAUACAAAGAAUGAGAAUGAGGUUUGUGGCACUACUGCUGUUGCUAAUGAGGGGACUUCUGCGGAUGAAAACCAAAGAAAGUUGGUCAUAACUGAAAAUCAAAGUCAUAGAAGUACAUUUGAGUUGCAAAAUGAUGAGAAAUGUUCUUAUAAAACAGAAAGAAAGCAACAUGUUGACUUGGUUGUACUCGAAAAUGACAAGAAAGUCAGUAAUGUUUUAGUUGGCACUUCCAGUGACCAUUUGUGCCCUGGAAAGCCUGAAGCAUCAGCUGAAACCAGUUCCUGCAUAGUUAAUAAAAAUGUAGUUUCAGGAGCUGAUAUUACAGUAUCAAAAAAUCAACCUGAUUCAGAAGGUGGCUCGAUCUUGGUAGAUACCGUGAAGGAGGAUUCAAUCCUCGAGGAGGCACGGGUUAUACAGGCAAAGAGAAAGAGAAUUGCUGAGUUAUCUGUUGGUACAGUACCGGUGGAGGUCUGUAUAAAAUCUCAGUGGGAUUUCGUCCUUGAAGAAAUGAUAUGGCUGGCAAAUGAUUUUGCGCAGGAGCGCCUGUGGAAGAUGACUGCUGCUGCUCAAAUUUGCCAUCGAAUCGCCUUUACUUCUCAAUUGAGAUUUGAGGAAAAAAUUCAGCAUGGGAAGCUAAAAAAAUUAGCUUCUACCCUAGCUAAUGCCGUCUUGCAAUUCUGGUGUUGUGUGGAGCUGCCUGGGAAGCUUGAGGAAACAAGUUUGGUUGAUGACAAUGGAAAUACUGAUAAGGAGACUAGCAAAGAGUUUGGGUGUGAGAACAGUGGAAAAUGUUCAACUCUUGGUGUCGAAGAAUAUGCUCGUAGAUUUUUGAAGUAUAGCAACUCUUCUCCCUCCCAUCUUCAAGCAGCAGCACCAUCAACACCUGACAAUUUGUGCGACCCAGGCAUAUUGGAAACAUCUUGGGAUGAUCAACUUACAGAAGAAAGCCUCUUUUAUUCAGUUCCAUCUGGUACAAUGGAGGCCUACCGAAAGUCUAUUGAAUCUCAUCUCGCACGAUGCGAGAAAUCUGGAAGUAGCAUGCAGGAGGAGGUUGAGACAUCUGCUUAUGAUGCUGCAGGAGCUACAGGAUACAAUACCAUUGCAUAUGAUGACGAUGAAGGAGAAACGAGCACCUAUUAUGUGCCUGGAGCUUUUGAAUGUACCAAAUCAUCUAAUUUAAGCCACAAGAAAAGGAAGAACUUGAUGAAGUCACAUUCUGCUCGGUUGUAUGAUAUUGGAGCUGAUUUGCCAUAUGGCAGCUACGCAGGUGGGUCCAGUCAACCAACAGUGAUGGGGAAAAGGCCUGCGAGUAAUAUAAAUGUUGGUUCAGUGCCUACGAAGCGCAUGCGUACUGCUUCCAGGCAGAGGAUGAUUAGCCCUUUUGGCAGUGUUACAGCUGGAACUUUACAAGUGCCCUUAAAGACAGAUAGUGGCGACACUAGUUCAUUUCAGGAUGAAGAAAGUAGUUUGCAUGGUGGAUCUAUGGUUCAGAAAGGUGCAGAGGUUGAAUCAAGUGGGAACUUUGAGAGGCAGUUAGCUUACGACAUGGCUGAAACUUCUGGAAAACCUAAAAAGAAGAAGAAAGUUCAUCUGGGUUCUGGAUAUGAUCAGACUUGGCAUCGUGAUUCAACAGUCCAUGGUGAACAGAAGGAUCAUUGGAAGAAGCGACCAGAGGCUAAUCAUUUUGAUACGAAUGGAUCGAUACCCUCUCCUGCAGUAUCUCAGAUGAGCAAUAUGUCCAACUCUAACAAAUUUAUUAAAUUGAUUGGAGGUCGUGAUAGGGGCAAAAAAAUAAAAGGCCUGAAGAUUUUUUCUGGUCAACAAGGUUCUUCUGGAAAUCCAUGGUCACUAUUUGAGGAUCAGGCGCUUGUUGUUCUGGUGCAUGAUAUGGGCCCUAAUUGGGAGCUCAUAAGUGAUGCAAUGAACAGCGCUCUCAAAAUUAAGUGUAUAUAUCGCAAUCCAAGUGAAUGCAAGGAACGACAUAAGAUUCUAAUGGAUAGGAGUGCUGGUGAUGGUGCUGAUAGUGCUGAAGACUCGGGAACUUCUCAGUCCUAUCCGUCUACACUGCCAGGCAUCCCGAAGGGAAGUGCUAGGCAGUUGUUCCAACGUUUGCAAGGGCCAAUGGAGGAGGAUACCCUCAAGUCCCAUUUUGAGAAGAUUUGCUUGAUUGGGAAGAAAUUGCACUAUAGAAGAACUCAGAACGAUGCCCGGGAUCCCAAGCAGAUAGUACCAGUCCACAAUUCUCAAGUUAUGGCUCUUUCUCAAGUAUUCCCAAAUAACCUGAAUGGAAGUAUCCUCACGCCCCUCGAUCUAUGUGAUGCGACGACUUCAGGUCAAGAUGUAUUUCCCCUUGAAAAUCCAGGUUUGCCAAUGUUGAAUCCGGGAACAUCAGGGCUUCCUUCUUCUGGAGCAAACCCGUCAACAUCUGGAUCUGGAGCUGUUCUCGGUAAUAACUUGUCAACGACUUCUGGUCCAGCCAGUGCUUCUGUCAGGUGCUUGCAUUUAUUCAAUGUACCUAGAGUAUCUUUGGCAGUUGACGAGCAACACCGUCUCCAAUAUAAUCAGAUGUUGUCUGGAAGAAACCAGCAGCCGACAGCUGGGGGGGCUGUUCAUGGACACCGUAUGGUACCUGGUGGUAAUGCCAUGAGCCCGAGUGGACCGAAUAGGACGACACCUUUGUCAAGGCCUGGUCUUCAAGGAAUGGGCUCAUCAACCAUACCAAACUCUGGCAGCAUGCUUUCCUCUGGUACGGUGGGAAUGCCAAACACUGGAAAUACUCACUCUGGAGUGGGCUCUUCUCAAGGAAACACUAUGUUGAGGCCUCGUGAAGCUAUGCAGCAUAUGAUGCGGAUGCAGGCUACGCAAGGGAAUGGUCAGGGGAUUCCGGCUUUCGGUGGUUUGAGCUCUGGUUUCACGAGCCAGACAACUCCCCCUUUCCAGACCUAUCCAGGCCAUCUUUCUCAGCCGCAUCAAAUGUCCUCACAGCAGACACACGUGCUUGGAAACACUCAUCAUCCUCAUACCCAGAGCCCCGGACAUGCAACUGGAGCGCAGCAGCAAGCAUAUGCAAUUCGUCAAAGGCAUUUGCAUCAGCGGUAUAUGCAGCAGCAGCAGCAGCAGCAGUUUCCAGCUUCUGGUGCUACAAUGCCGCAUCUAUCACCUCAACCUCAAGUUCUUCCAAUCUCUUCCUCCCCUCAAAACAGUCCUCAAAUGCAACCACUUGUCUCACCAUCAAUGCCUCCAGCCACGGCACAACAGACCCCACAGAAACCUCAGUUGCCACCUCAUACUCUCGGUGGGAAUACUCAGUCUGGUCCUUCCGGGGUGAACAGUCAGGCUGGAAAACAACGGCAGCGGCAACUCCAGCAACAGUUUCAGCAGUCUGGGAGACAGCACCUGCACCAGCGGCAACAGCAGAAUAAGCUCUUGAAGGGAAUGGGAAGAGGAAACCUGAUGCAACAGAAUAUCUCUGUUGACUCGUCAAACCCAAAUGGUCUUUCUAUGGGCCCUGCAACUGCAAUACAGGCUACCGAAAAGGGGGAACCCACCAUGGCUCCAUCUAUUCCUGCUCAGCCAUCGAACGGGCCCAGCAUGAGCACACAUCAGCAGUCUAAACCGCUGGUUCCUUCGCAAGCGUCAAAUCUUUCUCAUCAACAGCCAAAAGCAUUUCCCGGUGCUCCAUCUCCUUUGUCCCAGCAACUUCAGCCGAUGCGUAAGAAUGCGGAUAAUAGCAUCCAAGGGCAGGUUUCGCCAAUGACCCCAGGUAAGACCUUAUCCAUGAUGUCUACUCCCUCAGUUACCCAGAAGCAGGGAAAUCAAGUGCAAAUGACUGCUGCUCAGAGAAUCCUUCAACAUAAUCAUCUGGGGAACUCUGAUUUAUCGAGGAAAUCACAAACUGAAGUUACUCCACGUGAUCCGCAAUGUGUGAACAAUGCCACGCAGAUGGCGAAUACAAAGGAUGGUCCGCCGCCUCAGCCUAGUAUCGAAAACCCUAACAUGAGAGCAGCUGCUUCCCCAGCUACCAAUUCUCCCCCGAAGGCAUCAGAAACACCUUUGUCCGAUUCCUCUGUGCAAAACACUGCAGCAUCUAAAGUAGUUACUGGCUCUCAUUCGGAUUCAGCUGGGAGUGAACCAGUACCAAAGUCGGGUCAAGAAAUAGGUCAGGAACACUUACCUGGUGGUUUUCCUAGUCAUGACCUUAAGGCCGGCACUCAAAGACCACAACAAUCUGGGCCAUCAAUACAAAAGCGAAGCCAGUUGUCUGAGCAGGAGAAGCAAUAGCAGCAGCAACAGCCAGUAGAAAAUCAGAAACAUCUCUCUGUUGUUGAGCGGCCAUAGCUGCAGCCACAGAAGGAACUGCCAUCACAAGCAGAGCACAGAAAAUGUUAUGGUCCAUGCCCCUCCUGACACAAAGGUGGAACGAGAGAGCGAUGCGGAUGAAGUCCUCCGAGGUAUAUGGACAUUGUACAGCCCUUGCAGAUGGAGAAUGCUAACUUGAAGUGGAUGAUGGGAGAAUGUGAUGAUUCUUACUGGUCUUUUUAGCCUUUCUUUGUAACAUAGAGGAGAGAGGGAGAGAGGUGAAGGUAAGGAGAUGGGCGCAACUUCAUUUAUAUUUUUUCCCCAACAAAAAAAAAGGUCCAUUUUGGAAAAUCAAUCAAUGUAAAUUUACCACUUUGGCAUCAUAGCUCUUUCUAUGUCU